ACAGCAGCGUCAGCCCAGCCCAGCUAUUUAAGCAAGCUGGCAUCAACAUUUCCAGAUUCCCAACCACAGCGCUUGCUUCUGCUGCUUCCACCAGCCAGCCGCGCCCGGACCAUGUCUGAGGAGAGCCGGAGCGGCCCCACGGAGGACCAGGUGGAGAUACUGGAGUACAACUUCAACAAGGUCAACAAGCACCCGGACCCCACCACGCUGUGCCUCAUCGCGGCCGAGGCCGGCCUGUCCGAGGAGGAGACCCAGAAAUGGUUUAAGCAGCGCCUGGCCCAGUGGCGGCAGUCAGAAGGCCUGCCCUCGGAGUGUAGAUCUGUCACCGACUAGGGAGAUGGUGGACUCAGGUAGCCUUGCUCCAGGAAGACCAUCUGCUGACCAUCUGCUGUUUCUUGCCUCAGCUUAACCAGCCCAUCUUGAUUUGUCAGGGCAGCACUGUGUAUGCUCCAUUGUUUGCUAUCCUUCUAUUUAACACAAUGUUGUAUUUUUUCAAUGUAUGUAACUAGAAAAGGACAUGCUAACAGGAAACUCACACAGAACUUCUGUGUUAACACAAUGGCUUAGCCGGGAAAGGAGUGCAGUGUACAUUUACCUCCCCUUGUGUCAAUGACAGAUAUGUGAAAACCAACUAUGUAAGUUUGCUUUUGCGCCUACAUUUCAGACCAAGCAGGGCCUCUGCUGACAAGAUUGGUAGGUGGAGCGUCAAAGAUAUUUCCUGGAGAAUCCGCUUCCCUGAGUCACAUUUAUCCACUUCCCUGAGUCACAUUUACCACGCUUUAUUUAACAGAGAUGCCUGGGUAGAAAGGUGGAAGUGCACUUGAAUCAUUCAUGUUGUAUAAAACAGUCUCUUGGCUGGAGAGUCGCAGUCUGGAAAUAGCCCUGUUAGGCUAGAAGAUAGAAACUCCAAGGGCUGAAGAGUAAGUCAUUUAGAAAACAAUUGUGGGAUUUUUAAAAUGCAUUUG